CACCGCCUCCUCCCCUUCCCGACUAUUUAAAGUCGCGACAUCGCGGGCGGCGGCUCAGUGGAAGAAGAAGGCGGCGGAGGAGGGUGGGAGUGAUUUUUUUUUUUUUCCCCCUCCCUCCACGCGAGUUUUCCGCCAUGAAUCCCAACUGUGCGCGCUGCGGGAAGAUCGUGUAUCCCACGGAGAAGGUGAACUGCUUGGAUAAGUUCUGGCACAAAUCAUGCUUCCACUGCGAGACCUGCAAGAUGACCCUGAACAUGAAGAACUACAAGGGCUACGAGAAGAAGCCGUACUGCAACGCACACUACCCCAAGCAAUCCUUCACCAUGGUGGCAGACACGCCCGAGAACCUGCGCCUAAAGCAGCAGAGUGAGCUCCAGAGCCAGAUCCGCUACAAGGAGGAGUUUGAGAAGAACAAGGGCAAGGGCUUCAGCGUGGUGGCCGACACCCCGGAGCUGCAGAGGAUCAAGAAGACUCAGGAUCAGAUCAGCAACAUCAAGUACCACGAGGAGUUCGAGCGGAGCCGGAUGGGGCCCAGCCCCAGCGAGGGCUCGGAGCCGGAGCGCCGGAAUUCCCCGGAGAGCGGCGGCUACCGGAGAGCAGAGCAGCAGCAGCAGCAGCAGCACGGCCAGCCCGCAGCCACAGUUUACCAGCAGCAGCAGCCGCCUCCAUCCCAGUCCUACGGCUACAAGGAGCCGGCUGCGGCCUCCUCACAGCGCAACGCCCCGGCCGGAGGGGGGAAGCGUUUCCGUGCCGUCUAUGACUACAACGCGGCGGACGAGGACGAGGUGUCCUUCCAGGACGGGGACACCAUCAUCAACGUGCAGCAGAUCGAUGACGGCUGGAUGUACGGCACGGUGGAGCGCACGGGGGACACGGGCAUGCUCCCGGCCAACUACGUGGAGGCCAUCUGAGCCCGGCCACACGCCCUGCCCCGUGUCCCCUCCCCUUCGUGCGGCUCUUGUCCCCUCCCCGCCCGCCCCGCCCUCCGAGCCGUGUCCCCGUGUCCCCUCCGGGGCCGUGCGGGGUGGGGAUCAAAGCCCCAGGGCAUUCCUGCCCCUGUCCCCUCUGUCCCUCCUGUCCCUCCUGUCCUGCCCUCCCGGUCAUGGGAAGCCUCUGGAGCCACCGGGGUGCCAGGAAAGGGAGGAGAGGCCACGUCAGGACCAAAUUCCCGCUGUGGGGGUGGGGGAGGCGAGGGGGGCUCAGCCCAGGGUGCCCUGGGCUCGGGGUGGGCUGGCAGCUCCCCCUGCUCGGCCCAGCUCGGGCUCCUCCUGCUCCUGGCUGCCCUCGAUCCCCUCUCCCUUCAGUGCCAGAGCAGGAAAGGUUCCAGCUCCAAUCUCCAACCAAACCUCUCUGCUCGGGCUGGAGCAGGAGCAGCCCUGGGGCUUGUCCUGGCUGAGGGCUGGGCUGGGAUGAGCCCCCCCAGACUGGGAUGAACCCACUGGAGCAGGGAUCAGCCCCCCUGAACUGGGAUGAGCCCCCCCAGACUGGGAUGAACCCACUGGAGCAGGGAUCAUCCCCCCUGAUUGGGAUCAGCCCCCUGAACUGGGAUGAGCCCCCCAGACUGGAUUCAGCCCCCUGGCUCAGGGAUGAGCCCCCCCAGACUGGGAUCAGCCCCCCUGAACUGGGAUCAGUCCCCCCAAACUGGGAUCAGCCCCCCAGACUGGGAUUGAGCCCCCCCCCGGCUGGGAUCAGCCCCCCUGAACUGGGAUCAGCCCCCCAGACUGGGAUCAGCCCCCCAGACUGGGAUCAGCCCCCUGCAGCUCCAGCUCACUCUGGGGGUCCCCUGGAGGAGCCUUUCCCCCCCCCCCCCCCCAGCAUUUUCCUGCUUUUCUCCUCCUCCUGCUGCUGCUGAGUGCUGCCACCCCUCUGGGCCCAUCCCGGGUCACUGUCCCCUGGGUGAUGUGACACCCUGAGCCACCCUGCCCCUCUCAUUCGCAGCGCUGGUGGCAGCUUUUUGGGACCACUUGGGGUCGUGUCACGGACCAAAACGUCAAAGCACGUCCCUGUCCCCUCCUCCUGGGGAGGGAGGAGCAGGGUCGGGUUAAACUGGAACUGGGCAGGGAGGGAGGAGCAGGAACCUCUGCAGGGUCCUGGGAGCAGGACAGGGGACAGCCCCAGGGCCAGCAGGGGUGUCCCUGGGGAGGUGACAGCAGGGGUGUCCCUGUGCCAGGACCUGGGGCCAGCAGGGGUGUCCCUGGGGAGGUGACAGCAGGGGGGUCCCCCUGCCGGGAGCUCUGUGGGACCAGGAGGCUCCCAGAGGGAAACUCCACCUUUGUUAUUCCCACAUGAAAAUCGGGAAUUAGGGACCAAAGCAGCCGAGUGUGACAUUCCUUGGUCCUGCUGGGGACAGGUCCCUCCCUCCCUGGGGUCUGGGGUUGGGGACAGCGGGGUUGGGGGGCAGAGUCCUGCUGGGAGAAGGGAAUUGUGGCUGCAGUGGGGUUGGGGACAGGGAUUGGGGGUGACAGCGGGGCAGGAGCAGCCAGGAUGGGCUGCCCGGGGUGGGGAUCCCAGCUGGUGCUAAAACAGGGAGCACAAGGGCAGGGGGAGCCUCCUCUCCCUGCUGAAUCCUCUUCUUAAUCACGUUCUUGUCUGGGAAUGGGGUGGGGGGAGCCUCAAUGUGAAUAAAUCCUUUUUUAAUGGACCAAAUAACACAUGAAAUUCCCUUUUGGGAUACAGAUCUUUUUUUAAUCCUCCCUCAAAACCAUUGUCCCUAAAUUCUCCCCUCCCAUGCCCCUUUCACCCCCCCACCAUGGGAAACAAACCUCUUACUGCUUGAUUUCUGCCUUUUCUCUCAACUUUAUGCACUUUUUUGCCUUUUUUUCAUAGCUGAAAAGCACCUAAACCUGUAUUUAAAAUAAAUAAAUAAAUAAAUGAGUUAAAAAAAGAGAAAUUACAAGGAGGAAGAACAAUUAAAAAGCUGAAUAAUUGCUUCUUAUCACGUGUAAAAUAGACCUCGUCCAUCCCAGCUUCCCUGGUUGUGUCUCAGUGCUGAGCUUAGAACGUGUUUUCCUCGGGAUCCGUCGCUUAAUUGGGGUUUUGUCCUUGUGUCCUUCCUGGGUUGAGCACCCACCAGUUAAAAAAAAUAAUAAUUUUACAAAAUUAUUUGGCUUUUUUAUCCAAAAAAGAAAACCCACGGAAUGGAACGACCCGACCGAUUCUCUUGCCGGUUCACUCGGAUUGAAAAUAAAAGUUUCAUUUUUACCUGC